AUGAAAAGAAUUGGAUCUAUAGAAAUAAAUGUGCAUCUAAAAGAUACCGAAACGAAAAGAUUUAACAAUGAAAAUAAAUCUAAACAGUUUACGUUGCCUAUACCAAACGGAGAGCUAAAAGAUUGGGCAGACAAGGAAGCCAUUCAGACAGACAGAGAACGUUUUGGACCUGGCGAAAAUGGCAAAAGGGUAAUAAUAAAGAAUCAAGCAGAGAAGGAUUUGGAAAAAAGACUUUAUAGAUUUAACGGCUUUAAUGCUCUGGUGUCUGAAAAAAUAUCUGUGAAUCGGUCGGUACCCGAUGCAAGAUCCGAAAAAUGCAAGCAACGCAAGUAUUUGGCCAAACUACCCAGUGUCAGCGUUAUACUCAUUUUCUACGAGGAGCAUUUUCAUACGCUAUUGCGUUCAAUUCACAGCAUCAUAAACCGAACUCCGAAGGAGUUGCUUCAUCAAAUUGUGCUGGUGGAUGAUUACAGUAGUAAAGAAUCACUGAAGGCACCACUCGAUGGCUACAUCUCGGAGCACUUUCCACCAAUUAUUAAAAUAGUUCGUAAUCAAAAAAGACUCGGUUUAAUUGGAGCUCGACUUGCAGGCGCAAAAUCCUCGACCGGUGAGGUGUUGGUAUUUUUUGACUCGCACAUCGAAGUUAACUACAAUUGGCUUCCACCGUUAUUGGAGCCCAUUACUAUCAAUUCUAAGAUAUGCACUUGUCCUUUAGUAGACGGCGUUGCUCAUAAUGAUUUUAAGUAUCGAAUCCAUAGAAAUGGAGCAAGAGGUGGCUUGAACUGGCGUUUUUCUUAUAAGCAGCUGCCUCUGUUUCCUGAAGAUAAGAUUCAAUCCAAUCGCUGCCAUAUCGAAGAUCCAGUGAUGAUGGGAGGACUGUUUGCAAUCAGCAAAGCAUUUUUCUGGGACUUAGGUGGCUACGAUGAUGGACUGGACAUAUGGGGUGCCGAGCAAUUCGAGCUAAGCUUCAAGAUAUGGAUGUGCGGUGGCAUGAUUCUAGAUGUGCCUUGCUCCCAUGUGGCACAUAUUUUUCGAGGUCCCAUGGAUGAACGUCCUAGUCCACGGGACUUUAAUUUUUUAACAAGGAAUCAAAAGCGAGUUGCGGAGGUAUGGAUGGAUGAGUAUAAGCAAUACAUGUAUAUGCGUGAUCCAGAGUAUGCUGAAACGGAUGCUGGAAAUCUGACUCGUAUGCUUGCAGUACGAGAGCGACUAAAAUGCAAAUCUUUUGACUGGUACAUGAAAACAGUCGCAUAUGAUUUUCUCAUUAAGUAUCCGCCCAUAGAUCCUCCAAGCUAUGCUAAUGGCGCAAUUCAGAGUUUGAAGUAUAUGCAAUAUUGCUUGGACACUAUGGGCGAAAGAGAGGGAAAUCGAGUUGAAUUAUAUCCAUGCGCGAAAAGUCUGAUAUGGCCACACGAUAAUCAGAACUGGGUGCUUUCAGCUGAUCGAGUGCUAGCAGCGAGACAUGAAAACCUAUGCCUGAAUAUCGGAAAACACACAAAUGAGCGAGAUAUGCCUGUUUGGAUGUGGAAGUGCGUCAAUGGCACAUAUAACAAUCAGUUCUUUUACUAUGACCGUAAGCACAAUUGGCUGGUUCAUGGUCAGCAUACGCAUCUCUGCCUGGAAGUCAUAAGGGAGAACGGCAAGCCGCAAGUUGUUGCAAAUGAGUGCAUUAGUAGCCGUAGACGACAACGCUGGAAAUUUGGCACCGUCAAUAAUACAAUGCUGGAUAAUUUCUUUCAUAAUAUGCCAACAAAUAAAAAUAAUAAGAAUAUAAGUCCUCGCUACUACGACUAUGACAGCGCAAAUUAAAAACCGAAUAUUAACUAAUGCAUUAACUUAAGUGAAGAAAAAUUGUUUACUGCUAUUUUA